AUGAUGAUAUGGUCUCCGGUAACCGAUGAUGUAAAGUGGAGAAGAGUUAUAUGUAAACUCAAUGACCCUUCGCUGCCGAAGAGUCUUUCUUUAUCUCUGGGUGAUUGGGUUUAUGUCGAUCAAAUCAGUAAAGCGGACGAUAAAUCUGAUUCAACACAAUGGUACUAUGGCUUCAAGUGUGGAGCAUCUAGAAUUUGUGGUAUUUUUCCUGUUGCGUGUACAGAAAAACCGUCAGACUUUGAAGAUCCUGAACUAUAUGCCGAAAUAAUGUCUUUUCUACCAAUGGCUCAGCAAUUAUUCUCGGUUGGCGAUCGAAGAAUUUUUCUGAAAGCUUCCGUAUAUUUACAGGAGAUGGCUAUUUGCCAGAGUAAAUCUAAUCUUUCAUUUAGCACAUCAGAGUCAAAACUUCACAAUUGUGACGUUUUGGAAUUUCUCUCCUUAUGCGAAAGAUAUAUUGGCUUCCCAUUACAAAUGCGUAUACCUAAUCCUUUGAGUUUUGUAAGCGUUCAUUUAUAUGAUAAGUAUCUUCAAAGUGAAAAUGUUUCAAAAGAGCGAGAGAGACCAAAAAGAGAUCUCUUCAAUAUUUCUGUUCAUUUUGACCGUUGCCCCUCAGCUGCAGUGACUUUAUAUUUGGCGUCUCAAUCAAUUCGGCUUCCUGAAUCUAAUUCCGUCGGUAACGGUUCAGAUCAAGAUAAUCAUUUAAUCAAUCUCCCCAAUCAUCUUAUUGAAUUUUUACGGGGGAAUGACGAUGGAAUAGCUUUAGGCUCUGUAUCUCCCGCUAACUUGCAUUUCAGUGACUUUUGUCGGAUUUCUGAAAAUGUCACCAUUGAUGGGUUUCGUUCUGAUUAUAAGACGUCUGUCAUUUUCUCUGAACUAAAGCCUUUCAAUCCAUCGGAUACGCGGAUCCUCCUCGUCAUUAUGGUGGAUAAAGUUGGUUCUUCAGUGACUAAACGAGGAAGAAAUGUCUCUACAGAUGUUCGAUUACCUGUUGGUGACUGCGACAAACUUCGUAGACCAGUAGCUGUCGGUUGUGUUGAUAUAACCAAAGAUGUUUUGCCAACUGUUCUCCCUUUUCACACCCCCUUCCGGUCGUUUGAUCGACGGUCUCGAAACUCAUUUACAUCUUCUACUAGGGUUGUUUCCCUUCGGAGUUCCCUUGAAAGUUCUCACGCUGACAUUCUGGCCAAACUUGCUAACGAAACACGAAGUUCUGUCUGGGAUCUUAUCCCCUCCACAGGAGUUGUCAAAUCCACCGAUCAAGUGACAAGCAAUUCCGUUCUUCCUCCGUCUUAUCCUUCCUCACAAUCCACUAAUUCGGGUGGUGAAAUUUCAGAUGAAUUGGAAAUCGAAAUUAAAGACAUUAAAAUGGUCGAUCUUCAGUCGUAUCAUCUAAUUAAACGAUUCUAUCCUGGAAGCUUAAUAUCUCGGCCUUACGGAAUUAUUGAGGGCAAUUUUAGCACCACCGAGACCAUUCGAAAUGACUUUUUCGUUACUCUUAAAUCCGCUGUAUUUGAUAAAACUUCGAGCAGAAAAGAGUAUAAUGUGGAAGUGGAGAUCAGUCUUCGCGAUCCUCAAGGUCGACCGUUUCCGUGGAUAGAGGGAGCAGGUGAAACUCCUUACGUCUCGAGUAUAUCUGCAUCCCGAAGUCAACCACGGUGGAAUGAGUUGAUUCGCAUUGCCAUCCCCUGGUCCAUGGAUUAUCCAAGUCUCACCUCUCCUCAUGAUCCAUUUUCCCGAUUGGCCAAUAUAAUGGAUAGUUCUUCAGUGACAGAAGAUCAUAUUGAACCUACAGUGUCUUCCUCCUCAUCUCAACGAUCAUCGGGAGAUUCUGGAAUAUUUUCUCGAAAAUCCCCCACCUCCGCUCACCUCCGAUUUGUUGUCAGGCAUCGAUCUAUAAUUUCAGUGGGUUUCAUGCGAAGCGGACGUUUGCGUUGGCUCAGAUCGCCUAGUCCAUCGUUUGGGCGAGAGUUUAUGCCUCUCUAUGAUUCUGGUAAACAACAGAGACGCAAGCGCGCAUGGCUCCUCUCCUCUUUAAUCGCGUUUACUCUCCUGCAUGGCUUUAUUUCUUUUUCUUCUGUGGAGUAG